UCGUCGGUUCAACGUUUCUUCAAGCUACAUACAGAUACAAGAUACAGUCUAUACAGCGCAUUUCCUAAUCAACGUAAGCAAUCGAGAUCUUCAUGUCAACUUAGCUUAGUCGUCUCCUCCAAUCUCCAUUAACGACCCGGUCCCGCCGUUUUCUCUCCAUUGCCUCCCUGCCGGAAAUAUAGCCUUCACCUCUUUCAAUUCUGUCUCUUCGUCAUAAUUCGUCCACUACUCUCUAGAAGACUUAAGCGUGUUUCUCUAGAUUUGCUGGCAUAUUGUCUGUGUGUAUAUAUAUAUAUAUAUAUAUAUGGAUCGGCGAAGAAACUCGAGUCCUGUUUACUCAAGACAGUGGAGCGGUGGAUCUAGCAGCACUGGAUCUUCGUCUCCGGUGAUGUCUCCGGCACGGACAAACUCCAGACUUCCGCCACCAGCGACUGGGUACUCAACUAUUAAGAGGACUCAACAUGCGGCCGCGAUGCUAGCUGCACAACGCCUUAAGGAGGUCAUGGCUUCGAAGACUGUCGAUGACGACUACGACGAGGAUGGAGAUAUUGAUCUAGGGUUCCGAUUUGCUGGACCUCCUGCUCCGUCCUUCUCCAGCAAUUCUAAUAACAGAAGCAAUUUCGCGUCCGCGGGUUCAUUUGCUAGGAAUAACAGAUCUCCGUCCCCCGCGUUAGGUCGUAAUUUUAUGGAACAUACUCCUCAAAUUCGUUCAACAUCAGCUGGAAGACCUUCAUCAGUCCGUACAGCACCAGUAGUAACUCACACCAAAAGUACACUGAGGACUCCAGUUUCCAUACCACCAAUAGAACCUCCAAAUUUAAGAAAAAGGUUCCCAAAUGAUGUGGGACGUAGUGAUGUGAAAGACAAAGGAGAUGAUCGUGAAGCUUCCGCUCUUAGAGAUGAGCUUGACAUGGUACAAGAAGAGAAUGACAUGAUCCUUGACAAGCUUCGGCAUGCACAAGAAAAACGCGAAGCAGCAGAAGCCAGAUCCAGGGAGCUUGAGAAACAGGUUGCAGCUCUGGGAGAAGGUGUCUCUUUGGAAGCUAAAUUAGUGAUCAGGAAAGAAGCUGCAUUGAGUCAAAGAGAGGCUGCACUGAGAGCUGCAAAACAAACUAAGGAUGGGAGGGAUGAUGAAAUUGCAGCACUUCGUGUAGAAAUUGAGAACCUCAGAGAGGAUGCUGCAAUUGCAACGGAACAACUCAGGGAUGCAGAAUCGGAAGAAAAGUCUCUUCGUACAAUGACACAAAGAAUGAUUCUUACUCAUGAAGAAAUGGAAGAGGUUGUUUUGAAAAGAUGUUGGCUCGCCCGCUACUGGUCAUUGGCAGUGCAAUUUGGCAUCUGUGCAGAUAUUGCCAUAUCCAAGCAUGAACACUGGUCAUCUUUGGCACCUCUUCCUCUUGAACUGGUCAUUUCUGCAGGACAGAAAGCAAAGGAGGAGCCUUUAGACAACGGUAAGGUGCUGCAUUAUUCAUUAUGGAACCUUUUAUUUUCAGAAUCCAAAAUGUGUCUAUUACCCACAUUUCUUAAUCCUUCAAAAAUUGGGACAGGGACUGACGAUUCAGAUAGAAGUAGAGCUGUUCGUGACUUAAAUGACAUAAAUGGUGAAGGAAAUAUUGAGACUAUGCUUUCAGUUGAAAUGGGGUUAAGGGAACUAGCUUCCUUGAAGGUUGAGGAUGCUGUUGUGUUUGCAUUAGCCCAAUUUCGACGUCCAAAUUUUGUUCGACAAUCUUCAGAUCUCAAAUCAUCUGGUGAUACCAAAUUUAUGGAAUCUUUCGAGCCAAGUCCAGAGGAGUCGGAAGAUGUUCUAUUUAAGCAGUCUUGGCUAACAUAUUUCUGGAGAAGAGCUAAAGUCCAUGGUGUAGAAGAAGACAUAGCUGAUGACAGGGUUCAGUAUUGGAUCAGCCGAAUUGGUCAGCCACCAACAUCCCAUGAUGCUGUAGAUGUUGAGCGAGGUUUGACUGAAUUGAGAAAAUUGGGGAUAGAGCAGCAACUGUGGGAGGCAUCACGCAAAGGAAUUGGGCAGUCGGCUACUUCUGUCAAGCCUUCUGGAGAUGAUUCAGAGACGAAUUCUUCUUGAUGGAUCGAUCAAUCUAUGUGUUUGUGAGUGAGAUGUAUGUAUGGUUUGAGUUGUUCAAACAACCUAGGAAUCAAGGAUUUGGAUUUGAUAAAGAAAAAGAAAAAAAAAAAGCAAGAGAAGUGUUCAUCCAUCCAUAGUUCCCUAUAAUUUGGUGUUUUUUUUUUUCUUUUGGUAUUGAAUGUUUUUUGAACAGAUAAAUCAGAAAAGGAGAUGUGUAUUAUAUCUGUUCAGGAAGAAGACUAGACAGACUUUAGAGAAGAAGGAGAAGUAUUUUCUAUUUGUUUGUUAUAGAAACUGUUUUGUGAGCACUUUUGUAAAGCUACUAAGAAGACAAUACCUCUUGGAAUAAAAUCAAUCCUAUUCAUUGAA